AUGCCAUCAAAGACAAUGUAUUCCGGACUGAAGUUUAAUUAUCUUAAAGCCUUAAUAAUGACCACAGCUAUUGAGUGUCGAGAUUACCGUAAUUUUGCUAAUGAUACAUGCAAUUUUAUGCGUACUACACCUGAUUGUAAAUUAGACGGUGGCUUUAUAAAUUAUCUCACAUUUGUAUUUUGUAAUUUUGAUGAUAAAUUAGUUGCUCUUGGUUUAACAUUAUUAGCUGGUUGGUUAUUAGUUCUAUUUAUUGGUCUAGGUGUAACUGCUGAUUCUUAUUUUUGUCCUGCUCUUCGUGUUAUUGCUCGAGUCCUUAGAUUAUCAGAAAAUAUAGCGGGUGUAACAUUUCUUGCAUUUGGUAAUGGUGCACCGGAUAUAUUUUCUGCUAUAGCUGCUGUUGGUAGUUCAAAAGGAGGUGAUGUUGGUUUAGCAUUUGGUGCACUAUUUGGUGCUGGUGUAUUUGUAACAACAGUUGUUGCUGGUACGAUAGGUAUUGCAACACCAUUUCGUUCAAUACAACGACCAUUAUUACGUGAUAUAAUAUUUUUUAUUAUUGCUUCGUUUGCUGCUUAUGUAGCUAUGUAUGAUGGAAAAAUUUAUUUGGCAGAAAGUUUAGGUUUUAUAAUAAUGUAUGCCGUAUAUUUAAUUAUACUAAUUGGUGGAUAUUUUAUUAAUCGACAACUGAAAGAUCGUCGAGCUUUAUUACAAGCUGCACAUACAGAAGCAGCAGCAAAAACUUAUGGAUCUAUACAAACACCUUUGGAUCAAUCUGUUGUAUCUGUUGAUGACACAAAUGGUGAUGUACCUGAUGAUAAUUAUGCACAACCAGAUGUUACAUUUGCAUUAUCAUUACGUCAUGCUUUUUUACCACGAGAUGAUACACCAUGGUCAGAAAGAAGUAUAAUAAAUAAAAUUUUUUCAAUAAUUAAAAUGCCGGUUGUAAUUAUUCUUCAUUUUACUGUUCCAUUAGUUGAUUAUGAUAAACGAGAACAUAAUUGGAAUAAACUUUUAAAUUCAUUUCAUCUUCUUUCGGGUCCAUUGACUGUGUCAAUUCUAACACGAGGUUAA